AUUUUUCCUUCUUUAUAUUUUGCGGGUGUAUCGGAGAUAGAGAGAUAGAGAUGGGACAGUUGAGGUGCAAUCCUGAAGAUUGCCCAAUUCAAUUCCCAAAAUCUUUCUGCAAAACCCUAAUUUCCCGAUUUCUUCCGCCAUUAUCACCGUUGCUGCGAAGCUUCACGAUUCCACUUGAUCUCUAUGAUGGACACUCACUCUUCUCACCUCAACGCUGCAAAUCGAUCGCGCAGCUCCCAGACUCCUUCCCCGUCUCACUCCGCGGCCUCUGCCUCCGCCACAUCUUCUCUCCACAAACGCAAGCUCGCCGCGGCGAAUGCGGCGGCUUCUGAGGACCACGCACCGCCUCCCUCCUCCGCUGCUUUCCCUCCCUCCUCCUUCUCCGCUGACACCCGCGACGGCGCCUUGACGUCUAACGACGACCUCGAGAGCAUCUCCGCUCGCGGCAACGACUCCGACUCUGACACAGACGAAUCCGAGGAUGUGGUCGUCGACGAAGACGAGGACGACUUUGCUCCUGACCAGGAUAACGACUCGUCGAUCCGCACGUUUACGGCGGCUCGGCUAGAGUCCAGUUCUGUAGCCGGUGGUUCGAGUCGCAAUGCUAAGCUUAAGACGGAGAAUUCUGUAGUGAAGCUCGAGAGUUCUGAUGCCGGGAAGGAUGGUGGAGCUUCUGCUGUUGGGUCUGGAGCGAUUGGAGCUGGCGGUGGAAGUUCGAUUUCUGGGUUGGUAGCGAAGGAUGAAUCUGUGAAAAUAUUGACAGAGAAUUUGCAGACAUGUGGGGCUUAUAUUUCGAGAGAAGAGAGUUUGAAGAGGGAGGAGGAAGCAGGACGACUCAAGUUUGUCUGUUACCCAAAUGAUGGUGUUGAUGAGCAUAUGAUUUGCUUGGUAGGGUUGAAGAACAUAUUCGCAAGACAAUUGCCUAAUAUGCCCAAGGAGUACAUUGUUCGUCUUCUGAUGGAUAGAAAACAUAAAUCUGUCAUGGUCCUCCGGCGGAAUCUAGUUGUAGGUGGGAUCACAUAUCGCCCAUAUCACAGCCAAAAGUUUGGAGAAAUAGCUUUUUGUGCCAUCACUGCAGAUGAACAAGUAAAAGGUUAUGGCACGAGGUUGAUGAAUCACUUGAAACAGCAUGCAAGAGAUGUUGAUGGACUAACUCAUUUUUUGACCUAUGCUGACAACAAUGCUGUUGGUUAUUUUAUCAAACAGGGUUUUACUAAAGAGAUUUACUUGGACAAAGAGAUUUGGCAUGGGUAUAUUAAAGACUAUGAUGGCGGCCUUCUUAUGGAAUGCAAAAUUGAUCCAAAGCUUCCAUAUACAGAUUUAUCAAGUAUGAUUCGUCAGCAAAGACAGGCAAUUGAUGAAAGGAUAAGAGAGUUGUCGAACUGUCAGAAUGUGUAUCCAGGAAUUGAUUUUCAGAAGAAAGAAGCCGGGAUUCCUAGAAAGAUUGUCAAAGUUGAGGACAUACCUGGUUUAAGGGAAGCAGGUUGGACUCCAGAUCAGUAUGGGCAUACUCGGUUCAAAAUAUUUAAUAAUUCUGCAGAUAGUGCGACAAAUCAAAAGCAGUUGACUGCAUUUAUGCGCUCGUUGUUAAAGCAGUCUAUGCAUGACCAUGUUGAUGCUUGGCCAUUCAAAGAGCCAGUUGAUGCUCGUGAUGUCCCUGAUUACUAUGACAUCAUUAAAGAUCCUGUUGAUCUGAAGACAAUGUCGAAGAGGGUUGAGUCGGAGCAGUACUAUGUGACGUUCGAUAUGUUUGUCGCUGAUGUAAGACGGAUGUUCAACAAUGCUAGAACUUACAACUCUCCUGACACUAUAUACUACAAAUGCUCGACCAGAUUGGAAGCCCAUUUCCAGAGCAAAGUACAAGCGGGUCUACAGUCUGGCGCUAAAGCCCAGUAGGCGAUACGUUCUCCGCCAGCUUUAUGAGGUCGGUCCCUUGUUGUGUCGUUGGUGUUCGUCGUGAACCAAGGGAUACAUUCAAUCAGCCCUGUAGGUGGGUCUCUCCAGCACCUGUUUGCAAAUGACGUCCAUAGCAAAGCGCUAUAGGGACAACACAUAAAAAGGUGGUCGUGAGUUUCCUCGCCACUCCCACAAAGGCAACAAGUUGGAAUAACAUUCAUUCCCCAUCGUAUGAGUCGGUUACGUGUUGGGAGUCUGCCUUGAAGAACCUGCCACAAAAGAACAGAAUAUCGUGGUACAGACUCCCGAAACCAGACAGUCGAAUGCCAGGAGACCCCAGAUCUUGGUGUUCGCAUUUGGAACCAAGUAUUGAGAAAGUUGGCUUGAAUUCGCACCUUCCUUGCAAGAUAUUUUCCGAUAUUACGUAUUCUAGGUUUCCGUUUGUGCAUGACGUUGUAUUCCCCGUAUAAAGGGAAGCUUGACACUUUAUUUCAUCCAUCGAGAAAUAUUACUUGGCUAAUUCACCCUUCAAACGAUCGAACUGGCAAUUGUCUUUUUCUUUUCGUUUAAUUGUAAUUUCCAUUUGCUUCGUU